GAGAAAACAGAAGAAUAGAGGUUGACCAGAGAUCACAGCUCUGUCUCAUUCUGGGGAGCGAGGAGACAAGAAAGAAGAAGGAGAACAUUGGAGGGUAACCUUUAAAGACAUAAAGUCCUUCUCUCCCUCAGGACGAUGAGGUGGUAUACGCGCCGUCGCUCUCGGAUGAUCUGUCUAUUGCUGGCCGUUGCCUCCCUCUCUCUCCAUCUUCUCCUCGCCGUCCUCUCCCUCUCCGUCGACCAGAACCCCUGUGACGCCCCCUCCCCUCGUCAGACACACCCCCACAACCUCAGAGCCCUGGUGGAUACCAACUACACCUCCACGAUGUCCGACAACCACUCCAGCUAUGCCAAGACACCCCCGGACACCAGAAAAGUGGACUCUUCCAAUAUGGACAGCAAUGGCCCUCACAAAAUGGCAGAAAUGGACGCUGUCACGACCAAAAUGGCCGUCAAGGCAGUUCAUGGCCAUAAGAAGGAAGGGCCUGUAGACUCAGUCAACAUGGCGGUAAGGGUAGGAAAGUUUGGCUCGAUGGCGAUGAAGUCUAUGGGGUCCGGGAUGUCUAAAUUAGAGGCUCUUUUCAGCCACCCGCUCUACAACAUGCCAACCCCGCCCAUCCCUGAAGAUGAUUGGCUGCUGAAGGUGAAGCCCAAAGUGAAGGGCGCCGAGAGCAGCACACAGAUGUGGGUGAGUGACAGUGACAUCGGCUAUGACCCGGCCCAUUGGAACAGGAGCAGUGAGAGCCACCCCCCCUGGCUGAAGUUCCAUCUUGGUAUCUCCCGUUGGCAGCUCUACCCCCACCUGGACCCCAACAUGGUACCUCUCGCCCAGCAGCUCAGCACACACCGUAUCGUCAGCGCAGUGCAGAAGUCUGGAGGGACACAGCUCAAGCUGGUGAUGUCAUUUCCUAACUACGGACAGGCCAUUCUCAAACCAAUGAAACAGGAGCGUGAUGAGGAGACCAACUUCAACCUCUACUACUUCUCUGACUUUGAGAGACACAACGCAGAGAUCGCUGCUUUUCACCUGGACAGGGUGUUGGGUUACAGGCGGAUCCCCCCAGCCGUAGGGAGGCUGGUUGACGUGGUAACAGAGAUCAAAGACAUCACCACAGACCACAAACUGGCCCGGACCUUCUUCACCUCUCCUGUGAAUAAUGUGUGUUUCUACGGCCAGUGUUCCUACUACUGCAGUACGGAGCAUGCUGUGUGUGGUCGACCCCAGAACCUCGAGGCCUCCCUGGCCAUGAUGCUGCCCGACCCCUCCCUGGCCACCAGACGAUCCUGGAGGUCUCCCUGGAGACGCUCCUACAGCCGCAGCAAACUUGCAGUAUGGGAGAAAGACCCAGACUACUGUGACACAGUGAAGAAGACCCCACCAUACAACAAGGGAACCAGACUGGUAGACCUGAUAGACAUGACCAUACUAGACUUCCUCAUGGGUAAUAUGGACCGACACCACUAUGAGACGUUUGAGAAGUUUGGCAACAACACUUUCCUUCUGCACUUAGACAAUGGGAGGGCGUUUGGACGUCACUCUAAAGAUGAGCCCUCUAUCCUGACACCUCUGGAGCAGUGCUGCAGGAUCCGUCGCUCCACCCUCCUGCGUCUGCGUCUCCUCUCCCUGCCCCAGUACCGUCUCAGUGACGUCAUGAGGGACUCUCUUUCCCAUGAUCCUCUAUUCUCCGUGGCCCCUCUCCUCUCGGAGCUGCACCCUCUCCGCCCCUGGACCGUCGCCUCAGCGACCGUGCUCCGAACCGGUAGUGUGGCCACGCCCCCUCGACAACAGCACUUCAACCGUCAGAAGAAAUUGUCAUGGUGCAUCACCAUGGCGAUGAUGAUUUAUGUGUGA